AAAUGACAUAAUAUCUAAAAAAAUUUUUGUCACGCUUUUCGUUUUUUGGUUUGUGGAUCUUAGUGUUAAAUAAGUCCACCCUUAAAUAAGUCCACCUAUUGUUUGAUAAGAACAUUUAUUGUAAAAUAAGGAAUGAGUUCAGAAAUACAAGAUGGGCAACAAUCAUUAGUUGAAAGGGUCCAAGAAGCAUACGAUUCAAUGGGGAGAGGUGCAAAUUUCAAUCGGAUAAUGAAAGGGAUUCGUAGUUUGUCUGCAAAUAAUGAAGGGAAAUUAACUGCUGAAUUUACUGUUUUAGAAGAACAUGUUAAUGAUAAAGGAACAAUUUAUGGGGGAUUGUUGGCUGCUUUAGUGGAUGUCUUGACGGCAACUUGUGUUAAAUUGGUACUUCCCGAAAGUCGAAUUGUUUCUAUUGAAUUGGCUGUCAGUUAUUUAUCUGCAGCAAAAAUCGGAGAAAAUGUUUUUAUCGAAGCUAAUUGUGUAAAAGCUGGAAAAUCAAUAGCAUUUACAAAUGCUUGUUUUUAUCGCCGUUCAGACAAUUUAAUAUUAAUUACAGCAAAACAACAAUUAGCCAUUUUAUCAGACAAAACAAGACAAGAAAAACCAAAAAUUAAUGGAAUUAUUGAAGAAAAGAUAAAAGAUUUAAAAAUUAUUUGGCCUUCUCUAGCUAUUGAUGGUGGUGGAAUUUAUUUGGAAAAAAUGAAGGGAAUAUUUGCUAGUAUGAGAACACUGCAUGGGGGGUUUACUGCAUCAAUUGCUGAUUUAGUAACAUCUAGAGCUGUUCAAAUGACUGAAUCUUGUCCUCGUGUUUCUGUUGACCUUUCUGUUAGUUAUCUUUUGCCGGCAAAAAUUGGUGAAGAAAUUUUGGUGGAAGGAAAAUGUUUAAAAAUUGGGUGGAUGAUGGCUUUUACUGAGGCUACUUUUAUUAAAAAAUGUGAUGGAUCUAUUGUAGCAAAAGGUCGACAUAAUUUAUAUUUUCUUAGAAAUUUACAAAAUAAACAAGAAAAUUUGAAUGAAAAAUAA